AUGGAGGAGACGGCGGCGGAUGUCAUAAAACGCGACGGUUUGGGGAAAUUUCCUGAUAAUUUAGAGUACCAAUCAGGAUUCACCAAUGAUUUUUCAUCGGAGGCGAUCGCCGGAGCUCUACCACGAGGCCAAAAUAGUCCUCUUUUUUGCCCUUUUGGACUCUAUGCUGAGCAGAUCUCCGGCACUUCCUUUACUUCUCCGCGCAAGCUUAAUCAACGCAGUUGGUUAUAUAGAAUCAAGCCAUCGGUGACUCACGAGCCAUUUUGGCCACGUGAACCGAGUCAUAAGAAGCUUGUGAGUGAAUUUGACCGGUCCAACACGGUUGCAAACCCGACUCGGCUCCGGUGGAAGCCUGUGGAUAUUCCUGAGUUGCCGAUCGAUUUUAUCGAUGGUUUAUACACAAUAUGUGGAGCUGGCAGCUCAUUCCUUCGACAUGGAUACGCUAUUCACAUGUACACUGCCAACAAAUCAAUGGACAAUUGUGCCUUCUGCAAUGCGGAUGGUGAUUUUUUGGUAGUUCCACAGCAAGGAAGGCUAUGGAUCACUACUGAAUGUGGAAGAUUGCAGGUAUCUCCUGGGGAAAUUGUUGUCUUACCUCAAGGCUUCCGCUUUGUUGUAGAUUUGCCUGAUGGCCCUUCUCGUGGUUAUGUUGCUGAGGUCUUCGGCACCCAUUUUCAGCUUCCUGAUCUUGGCCCGAUAGGUGCUAAUGGUCUUGCUGCUUCAAGACACUUCCUCGCCCCCACAGCUUGGUUUGAGGAGGUUCCCCGGCCAGGGUUUACCAUUGUACAAAAGUUUGGUGGAGAACUUUUCACUGCAAGACAAGAUUUUUCUCCUUUCAACGUAGUUGCCUGGCAUGGUAAUUAUGUCCCGUAUAAGUAUGAUCUUAGCAAGUUCUGCCCUUACAAUACUGUCUUAGUCGAUCAUGGUGAUCCAUCAAUAAAUACAGUUCUGACAGCACCAACUGAUAAACCGGGUGUGGCAUUGCUUGAUUUUGUCAUUUUCCCUCCCCGAUGGUUGGUCGCUGAACAUACAUUCCGACCUCCAUAUUACCACCGCAAUUGCAUGAGUGAAUUUAUGGGCCUAAUACAUGGUGGAUAUGAGGCAAAAGCUGAUGGCUUUCUGCCCGGUGGUGCUAGUCUUCAUAGUUGCAUGACUCCUCACGGUCCUGACACCAAGACAUACGAGGCCACUAUUGCACAUGGAAAUGAGGCAGGACCUCACAGGAUCACUGAUACAAUGGCCUUUAUGUUCGAAUCAUGUUUAAUGCCUAGAACCUGUCCAUGGGCUCUCGAUUCCCCCUUCAGGGAUCAUGAUUAUUACCAGUGCUGGAUUGGGCUGAAAUCCCAUUUUUCACAUGAUAAAAAGGAAGCUAAAACCAACGCUUUGCGGAAUGGACUCGAUGAGACCGGGUCCGAACUCCAAAGCCACAGUGGGUGAGUUGAUUUUCAAACAUUAAUCUCGGCCUCAAGCUCUUAUAGAUUCAGACACUAUGUUCUUAUGCAGAAUAAGCAAUGUAUGUAAUCUCACAGGUUGGGAAAGGUGGGAGGGUGAUUUUAUUGUUCCUUAGCUCAUAGGAGUGUGACAUCGAUCAUGUCUAAUCUUGAU